CUUUUGCAUUUAAUUUUAUUGCCUUUUUUGUGGGGGGAGAGAAGUUGAAAGAGAAGGAGAGAGAACGAUGGUAUACGAAUAAGGAAAUUAAAUCGCAGCGUUAUGUGGUGUGAGAAUAAAGAGAUUGAUACAUCAAGCCAUUCAUCGAAAGAUCCUCCGCGUUUCUGCUCCGUGAAUCUUUCUAGGGUUUUUGGAAACUUUUUCUAUUUUUGGUGUUAGAUUUUUUAUGCCUUCUUUGUUGCUUCUUUCUACCUCUUCCAUUAUUUCGGUCUCUGGUCUUUGAUCUUGAGGUUUUACCAUUGUUCGUACAAAUUCUUGCCUUACUCUUCACGCUCCAAACACUGGUUGGUUUCUGCUAUGUUGAGCCAAUUUUGACGAAUUCCAGCUUUGUAAAUACUGCCAAGCGUUCAGUGCUUGCUACUUUUGUGUAAAUACUGGUCAACACACAAGAUUCCUAAGAUUUUCGCUCAUCUUCGGAUAUGGUGAGAGGGAAGAUUCAGAUGAAGAAAAUUGAGAAUGCGACAAACAGGCAAGUGACCUUCUCCAAGCGCCGAAACGGGCUGUUAAAGAAGGCUUACGAGCUAUCUGUGCUUUGCGAUGCCGAAGUUGCUGUAAUCGUCUUCUCACAGAAAAACAGGCUAUAUGAGUUCUCAAGCUCCGACAUUCUCAAAACGAUAGAACGUUAUCAUAAGCAUGCAAAAGAAGGGCAAAACAACCAGACUGAUGGGGAAAAGUAUACGCAGCAAUUGAGGCUUGAAAGUGCAAGCUUGGCCAAUAAGAUUGAGCUAUUAGAAGUUUCUCAAAGGAGGUUUCUAGGACAAGGUCUAGAUUCAUGCACAAUUGAAGAACUCCAAACAGUUGAAAAUCAACUGGAACAAAGUUUAAGCAAUAUCAGGGCAAGAAAGACUCAGCUAUUCGUGGAGCAGAUUGAUCAACUAAAAGCAAAGGAAAAACUCUUGUUGGAAGAGAAGGCAAGAUUAUGUGAAGAGCAAUCAACUAAGCAGAAAGAAGAUGCAACCAACUGCGCCCGAGGUAACAAAUAUUCAGAAGUGGAGACUGAAUUGUUCCUUGGAUUACCAAAAGUGCACUGCUCCUAUCAGUGUUAGCUGAAUAACCAAAAUAUGAUCUGUUCUGCACCUCAUCAAUUCCUAAAGUCUACAUCCAAUAAGUAUUCUUCACAUUAGGGGAUACAGCGCAUCAGAAAACAAAAACAGGUAUAAUAAUCCGUGAGUAUUGUCCAUAAAAUCCCUCUUCUUCAGUUUUUUUUUUCCCUUCUUGUGUUUUUAAGCCUUUAUUUACUAUCUAAUUACUAGCUAGCAUGUAUAUCACUAUUAGUGUGGACUUGGUUGAAAAGGCCAUAUAGGGCGACCAAGUUUCUCUUCAUUUAUACUAAUGAUCCGGCUCCAUAAGUUACCCUGGGCUCAAUAAUCAUUCUAUGACAUUGUUACAUUUUGUACCGGCAAUGUAUGCAUACACACACAUUGGACUUCCUGUUUAUAUUUUAGUGGUUCUGUGUCGUGUCUAGAGUAAUUUCACUAGUUCUGUCUUCUUUA